UUAAUUGAAUUUGGCGCUGUAUUGUAGUUCCAAAAGCCACCACCUGCUACUCUUUGGCACUGUUGACAUUUCGUAGAAUUUCCCGCGCGGUUUGUGGUGCUAAUUUGUUGCUCCGUGAUUUUCCAAGAUUUUCCCAGUGAAUUUUCCCCCGGAACAUUGCAAUGAUCUCCGUGGAGGCUCUUUCCCGGGAGUUUGAUGAGUUGGGAAUUGAGCCAAACACCGAAGUUCUGGCCAAAUGUAUAGAAAUUUGCGAAAAUCACAGCAUUGAGGAUGCCGUGGAGUUUGUUGAGAUGUGGAUGGCAUUUAGUAUAUCCUGCCUUGGUGGAGCAGAACCCACAGUGAUCAAUUUGGGGGAUUUUGAACGGAAGGAGAUCAUUGGCAAACGGGUACUGCAACGGGAUGCACCAUUGCGUCCAAAAGGAGACUCUGCCGGACGUCCCAGUGGGGAUAUGCUGAAGAUCUACAGUGGAGGAACAGCAGAGGAGCAGCCUAGGGAGAAAAUUCUUGACGUUUAUUCCUGCUACAGCCCAAAGCCUCAUCAGGCGGAAGCAAAAACACGCCCCGGAGGAGUUGAAGGCAUUUUCAGUCCAGCCAGCUACUCACCUCUGACGACACCGAAGGAUAAGACGGGUGAUGAGAAAUCCGGCAAAAUUGUCUAUACUUUUGGUUCUGGGCAACUCCUUCAGUCACUCGUGUGGGAAUCUUCGAAGAAUGGUCAGGAGAUUCCCAUUGUGCAGCUUCCACUUAACAUCCACAAUGAAAUUCUUGGCAUGGAGGAGCGCUACAUGUAUGAAAGUAUAUCGGAGAAGAGUUGGUUAGCUGGGAGGCAUUUUGACGAUAUAGCUUCCGGGAUAUGCAGUCGUGCCUUCACAGAGGAUGUGGAUGAAAAUAAUGGUGAAGAACUCUCGGAAGUUGAUGAGCACAGUCAAGAUGUGAUUCGCUGUGUGGGACGAGUGUGUCCGGAAAAGGAUUCCGUUCGUCUCUCUGGCACUUCCACCAUCCUCAUUGGCAGCUCCAAAGAUGAGAUCCACAGUGUAGACCUUGAUUUCAGUCGUAUCCAAUCAGUGGCUCUCUUCCCGGGGCAAAUUGUCCUGGCCAAGGGGAUGAAUCCCUCAGGGGGCACCCUGUUCCUCCGACAAGUCUUUGCGGAACGCUACUGGGACCCUCCAUGUGUGCCAAAGCAACUCACGCAGCCACUGAGACUCCUCAUUGCCUCCGGACCGUUUGCGGAGAAUAAUGAUUUGAUCUGUGAACCCCUUCAGGAUCUUAUGGCGCAGUGCAAACAGCUCAAACCCGAUGUCUUGAUCCUCAUUGGGCCAUUUGUCGAUGUGAAUAAUUCCUGCAUUGCUGAUGGUUUACUCGCAGAGUCAUUUGAUUCAUUCUUCCAGAAACUCAUCCAAGGGGUUGUCUCCUCAGUUGGCGAACACGUGGAAAUUCUGAUUGUUUCUUCCCAGAAAGAUGCUCACAGUAGUAUGGUGUACCCCACAGAACCCUAUAGCAUUCCCAAUAAACCAAAGAACGUCACCUUCCUUCCGGAUCCUUGUUGCGUGGAGAUUUCUGGGGUGAAGUUUGGCAUCACGUCCACGGAUAUUGUGCGUCAUAUUGCAGAGGAGGAGUUUACCAAAAAUGUAGCGGUGGACCAAGUUAAGCGGAUUGUGGGGUAUUUGAUAAAUCAGAAGAGCUUCUAUCCCCUCGAUCCACCAGCAGAUGGUGUGAAUUUGGACACGAUGCUCUCAGAGAGAUUUGCAAAGCUCCGCACAGUGCCGCAUGUGCUUGUCCUGCCGAGUGAUCUCAAGUGCUUCGCCCGGGAUGUCAAUGGGGUGCUGGCAGUCAAUCCGGGGCGUAUUGUAGACACCAAGCGGGGGACAUUUGCACGGCUUGUGGUAACGCCACCGGGAGAGGGGGCGAUUCCCAAGGACUACAUGGCGUGUCGAAUUAUGAGAGUUUAGGAGCUUUACAAUUUUAUUUUAAUUUCUAAACUGUUGUAUGAUUUAUGUACAUAAAUAGAGACAAAUUCCCUCA